GUUCGCGCGUGCGCGGCGCGCCGGCCUCGAGACGGACUUCCGCCGUCGAGCUCGCGGGAGGUGUUUGCGGCGGCUCCCGCCCAGUCCUGCAGCUUCCGUAGGAAAAUCAGAUCUGGCAACAUUGGAUCCAGAAUCCCGAGUGUCACCAAUCACCUAGAGCUGCCCCUCAGGCCCCACCAUGUCCAGGCCCCAGAGCCCAGAGCCGGCCCUGAAUGUGCAGGGAGCCUCCUCCAUAGGCCCGGGGGAUGAGGACGCUGCCGACGGGACCCAGCACUCCCACCGCAUGCUCAGCUUCAGUGAUGCACUGUUGUCCAUCAUUGCCACUGUGAUGAUCCUGCCCGUGACCCACACGGACAUCUCCCCGGAACAGGAGUUUGACAAGAGCAUACAGAAGCUUCUAGCAACCAGAAUUGCCGUCUACCUGAUGACAUUCCUCAUCGUGACCGUGGCCUGGGCAGCACACACGCGGACCACGUUUAUUGAUGGUGUGACUUACCCCGUCUCCCUCCCAUUGUUCAGAUUGUUCCAGGUUGUUGGGAAAAUCGACGACACGCUUGCCCUCCUCAACCUGGCCUGCAUGAUGACCAUCACCUUCCUGCCAUUCACAUUCUCCCUGAUGGUGACCUUCCCCGACGUGCCGCUGGGCAUCUUCCUGUUCUGCAUGUGUGUGAUCGCCAUCGGGGCUGUGCAGGCACUGAUCGUGGGGUAUGCGUUUCACUUCCCCCACCUCCUGAACCCCCAGAUCCAGCGCUCCGCCCACCAGGCGCUCUACAAGCGGCACAUCCUGCGCAUCAUCCUCCACGGCCCUGCGCUGUGCUUCGCGGCAGCCGGCUUCUCCCUGUUUUUCUACCCUGCGUUGGUUACUUGUCUUUCUGACGUGGAGCUGGAGGAGCUCCCACACGUGCUGGACACGAGGUUCUUCUCUGACAGGAGGUUUGCGCAUGCUCCCAGCCUCCUGGUAACACUCCCUGAUGCACAGCAGGUUUGCAUCUCGAUGGGGAACGAGCUGCCGGUCUUGCUUCUGUUGCUUGUGCUGCCCUCCCUCUGGAGCGGAUGGCUCCAGGGUGGGAUUCCUGGGCCCGGCCCUCGGUGGAGGUGCCAAGCCCCACUGACGCACCCGUGUCUCCUGCAGUCGUACCUGCUGAUGGCGACAGUCAUCUUCCUCCCCUACGUCAGCAAGGCCGCCAGCUGGUGCCGAGGCAGGCUUGUGGGCCCCAGGGAGCCCCCAGCUCACAGCCUGGAGUUCUUCACCUUCGACCUGCAUGGGCCUCUCAGCAAGGAGCGGGUGGAGGCCUUCAGCGACGGGGUCUACGCCAUCGUGGCCACGCUGCUCAUCCUGGACAUUUGCGAAGACAACGUCCCAGACCCCAAGGACGUGCGGGAGAAGUUCAGCGGCAGCCUGGUGGCAGCACUGAGCGAGUCGGGGCCACACUUCCUGGCCUACUUCGGCUCCUUCGCCACGGUCGGCCUGCUCUGGUUUGCCCACCACUCGCUCUUCCUGCACGUCCGCAAGGCCACGCAGCCCAUGGGGCUGCUCAACACACUCUCGCUGGCCUUCGUGGGCGGCCUGCCCCUGGCCUACCAGCAGACCUCGGCCUUCGCGCAGCAGCCCCACGACGAGCUGGAGAGGGUGCGCGUCAGCUGCGCCAUCAUCUUCUUCGCCAGCAUCUUCCAGUUUGCCAUCUGGACCACGGCGCUGCUGCAGGAGGGGGAGACGCUGCAGCCCUCCGCGCGCUUUGGCGGCCAGGAGCACGCCUUCAUGUUUGCCAAGCUCGCGCUGUACCCCUGUGCCAGCCUGCUGGCCUUUGCCUCCACCUGCAUCCUGACCAGGUUCAGCACGGCCAUCUUCCACCUCAUGCAGAUCGCUGUGCCCUUCGCCUUUCUGCUGCUGCGGCUCCUCGUGCGCCUGGCACUGGCCAUCCUGCGGGCCCUGCCGCACCUUGCCCUGCGGCCGGCACCCACCCGGCCAGCGCCCGGGGGCCCCAGGGACGACACGUGCUCCCUACUCCUCCCUGCCCCCUGCUAGUGCCACCGGCACCCCCAACCCCAGCCUGAGGUCGGCGCAUGCGCGGGGCCAGCUUGAGUCUUUUCCUUGUGAGACUCCUGCGCGGCAUGAGUCCGCGGGUUGUCAUCUGCUUGCGCAGUUAAGAGUCUCAUGGGAGCUUCA